AUGGUCGUUGAAUUCGAGAUUUUCGCUCCCAGAUACAGUCGCGUCAUGUCGGCUAUCGACAUGGAUCGAUGUGAAUACCGUAGCGAUAACAUACUGUAUUGUCCACAAGACGACUCGUCCGGUGUUGCGUACUAUGUGCGAAAUGUCUACCCACCUAUACAGGAGCUCCAACCUAAAGUGCUGUUAGUGAUCAUAGUCUUCGUAUUAUGCUUCGUAGUUGGAGUAUGUGGGAACUCUUCGAUUUUGACGCUCAUCCGAAGUGUGAUGGCGGAUCGACGAUCGCGGGCUCGGCGGCAAGGGGACAAUGCCAUUUUGUAUAUCGCAGCAUUAUGUGUCUGCGAUUUCUUGAUGAGUCUCAGCCUUCCGCCGGCUAUUCUCGACAGCGUUAUCGGUUUCUGGAUUUUCGGCACAUGGAUGUGCAAAGUGCAUCAUGUUUGCGGCUCGGUCGGCCGAAUAGUUUCGACAUUUCUAAUCACAGCUAUGAGUUUCGACCGGUAUGUGGCCGUUUGUCAUCCUCAUCACACAUAUCUGCGGAGCAGAUCGUUCGUGCUUGGAGUGAUAUGCUGUCUUUCUGUCCUCGCGUUUUUCCUUCUACUGCCGAUGCUCACAUAUGCGAGGGCGAAAGAGAUGGUCUUGCAUGAGCUAAAAGCCAUGGACAGCUUUAACAUUACGAGAGUUCGAGUUUUCAAAUGCUCGGACAUGAUGCCUCCUCCAAUAUUUUAUUGGUUCACUUCAACAACCUUUAUUCUUGGUUACAUCGUGCCACUAAUUCUCAUUGUUUUCUUCAACUGGAACCUUAUCCGAAAACUAUAUGUUCACAAACGAGUACUUCCAAGGUCAGCUAUACCCCUAAGACGGGUAGUCAUGUACACCGUAUUGAUAGCCGCUGUUUAUUUUGUGUGCUGGACGCCAUAUUGGUUCUCUGUACUUUACGCGAUAGUGAUGUCCAUUGCGGGACUACCCACAACUACCAGUGAAUUACUCCUUUUCGUAAUCUACUGCGUUCAUUUACUCCCCUAUUUUGGGAGUUCGUCAAAUUGGAUCCUAUAUGGACUGCUCAACACUCAGCUACAAAUGAAAGGCGACGGUGCGUCCAAUGAUGACUAUACGAGUAUUAUCACCAUGGUGAACACAAACAACCACAAUUCGGAUAUGAGAGGAACACGUGCAACGAAUCGCUGUGUAGGAGACAUGGCUAAGACGUGCUACGACAACACACCGCAAAACGCUGCUCGGUAUCCGUCGUCGAAUGGGGGAGCAGCCUUGUUGCAGAGUAAAUCGGACACUAGUAUGCGCUUUUACCAAGACACUGAGCAAACACAUUUGUGA